GUGUUUCAGAUAUGGCUGCAGUUCCAGUGGCCAUGCAGGAGCCGGUGUGUCUGAUUAACAAUGAGGAGGGUGGGGGCCUGAGUGUGCAGCAGGAGGCUUUGGAAAUACUGCAGCAGAUCCAGCAGCCCGUGGUGGUGGUGACUAUAGUGGGGCCCUACCGGAGCGGGAAAUCCUACCUGAUGAACCGGCUUGCUGGAAAAGAAACAGGUUUUGCCCUGGGCAACACUAUUGAGUCUAAGACCAAAGGAAUCUGGAUGUGGUGUGUACCUCAUCCUUCUAAAGAAGGACACACACUGGUGCUGCUGGACACAGAGGGAUUGGGAGACGUGAACAAGGGAGACUCAAAGCACGACACGAAGAUCUUUGCUCUAGCCAUUCUGCUGAGCAGCACUCUGGUCUUCAACAGCCGAGGUACCAUUGAUAACAAGGCCAUAGAGGAGCUCCAAUAUGUUACAGAGCUUUCAAAUUAUAUAAAGGUCAAAUCAUCUGAUGAAGGAGAUGAUACAGAGUUUGUGAGGUUCUUCCCAAAUUUCAUCUGGGCUGUGAGGGACUUCACUCUGGAGCGAAAGAUUGACAGCAAGGAAGUGACAGAAGAUGAAUACCUAGAGUACGCCCUUCAGCUGAAGCCUGGGCGUUCGAGAAAUGUGAUGGAGUAUAACCUUCCAAGAGAGUGCAUCCGAAAUUAUUUUCCAUCUCGAAGGUGUUUCACAUUCCCAGUUCCGACUCAUCCAGACAAUAUGUCUCGUUUGGAGAGUUUGAAUCCAGAUGAGCUUUCACGUGAAUUUCUGAGGGUUGCAGAACAUUUCUGCAAGUUUGUUUUCAUGCAGUCUGAAGUGAAAUCGCUGAAAGACGGAUACGAGGUCAAUGGGAAAGUCCUGGGUCAUCUAGCAAAGAUGUACGUGGACACCAUCUCCAGUGGUGGCAUGCCCUGUCUGGAGAAUGCAGUGAUCACCAUUUCAGAGCUUGAGAAUAAAGCUGCGGUGGAAGAUGGGACUCGGGUGUACCAGACUGGCAUGGAGCAGCUGAAGCAGUCCUUCCCUGUAGAGCUGACGGUCGUCUCCGCUGAACAUCAGAGCCUUUACACCAUGGCCAUUCAGACGUUCAUGAACCGAUGCUUUAAGGAUGAUGAGGGAAAGUACCUCAACUCUUUAGAGAAAGACCUUCAUCAACGUUUUGACCAGUAUUUACACCACAACGAGAAGGCUUCAAAGAAAAUAUGCCAGGAUCUUCUGACAAGUCUCUCUGCUAAAAUGACCGAUCAGCUCCAGAAAGGUUUCUAUGCUAAACCUGGUGGUUACAAACUCUUCAGCAAGGACAUGGAGAGCAUUGUGGAAGAAUACAACAGUCAGACGACUAAAUUAGUCAAGGCUAAAGAUGUCAUGGAGGAGUUUUUAAGGAGCAAGCAUAUGGAAGCUGAAUCCAUCAGGCAGGCGGAUACGAAGCUGAGUGAGCAGGAAAAACAGAUUUGUGAGGAGAGAGAGAGAGCCUUGCUCUUGCAACAAAAAAUGGAGGCUGAAGAGGAAGAGAGGCGCAAGUUGGAAGUGAAGAUGGAAGCAGAUAGGGAGAAUUAUGAAGAGAGGAUGAAACAGAUAGAGAAGAAGGGUGAGGAAGAGAGGAAACUAAAGGAGAAGGAGUUUGAGAAGGUUCUAGAAAGUAAGAUGAGGGAGCAGAAACAGAUGUUGGAGAAAGGUUUUGACGAGAAGGCUGAGAAGCUUAAGCAGGAGGUAGAGGAGGACAGGAGGAAGCAUAAGGAAGAUCAAGCUGUACAGGCCAAGCAGUUUGAACAGAUGAUGGAGAACUUCAGGAGCGACAGGAAGGAUCAGGACCAACGACAUCAGCAGUCCAUGGCUCUAAUGCAGCAGCAACACCAGCAAGCCAUGGCAAAAAUGCAACAAAGCGGAGGGUCUGAUUCUGGCUGUACAAUAUUAUGACUCAAACAUUCAAGGUAUUGAUUAUUGAGCAGCUUAGUGGGUAAACAGUGUCCUCAUAAGGUUACUAUUAUAAGGGUAAGCAGAGCAAUGAAAUAGAAAACUAUGUUAAUGGUGGCAUUCAUUUAUAGGGUUAAGGGUAAAUAGGCUAGCACACAGUAAGUCAAUGUAUCAUAGGCAGAGUAGGAUUUGUUCAUAACAGUUUGGUGGGGAUGGGCAGCUGUAAGCAGAGGGUUUCUGCAGGUAGAUCAGGUGGAAAGACAGGUGGAGCAUCCCACAAUGGAGAUAGUCUAGAGUAUGUUUACAGUGAAGGUGAGCAAGUUUGAAAGUUUCUUACAACUAAUAAUUC